AACUGUGUACAUGUGAAUUUCAUGAUAACCUCAAUUGUACAUUUGAAAGCUUAUGAAUAACUUAUUUUUAUAUAAUUACUUUAUAAUAAAAUGACAGAAAAUGAAUAUUCUUUACGUUUUUUAAAUUGUGAAUUAAAUUACUUAUCAGUAACCGAUGGUUCGGCAAUAUUUAUGCAAGGGGAUACAGCUGUAAUUGCUGGUGUUUAUGGCCCAGUAGAGUCAAAAUUACAUAAAAUGUUUUAUAAUAAAGCUAAUGUUGAAGCGAGUUUUAGACCAAUGAAAGGACCUCCAAGUGUAAACGAUAGGCUUAUGGAAUCAUACAUAAAAGACGUUUGUGAAGCAUCACUCAUUACAUCGCUAUAUCCUGCAUCAAGUAUAUCAGUUAAUAUACAGGAAUUAGAAGAUUGUGGUGGGCUGUUAGCAAGUGUCAUUAAUGCUUCUUGUUUGGCUUUGAUCAACUCUGGUUUAGCCAUGAAAUUUAUUUUUGCUGCUGUAUGUUGUAUGAUUGACAAGGAAUCUGAAAAUGUAAUUAUAGAUCCAAAUAUGAAACAAUUAAACAAUGCGAAAGCUGCUUUCACAUGUGUUUUUGAUAACUUAAAUAAAGAUAUAAUUUGCUGCCAAACCAGUGGACGUUUUACAGAAAAAGAAUUAUUAAAAUCUAUAGAAAUGUGUCGAGAAACUGUUCAAACUAUAUUUACUUUUUACCGAGACAUUGUAACAAAAUAUGCGACUGCAAUAUAAAUUUACGUUAUCAUAUAUAAAAACUUUAUUUUUUACUUACAUUUAAGUUCUAAAAAUAUCUUUAAAAUAGUCGGUUGUCAUUGAUUGUAGUAUUUCUUUUUGAAAGUUAUUUAGUUUUUAAAAAUUGAUAUUUUAUAACAGUUAUUUUCAAAAUUUGUAUAAAUGACAAUGAUACUCGCAAGAUGGCGCAUAAUGUUUCCACUGAUGAGUGCUGCCGUCCUCUAUGUCAACAUAAGUGUAAUCUUAUUAAAUUUAAAGUUCUGUUUAUAAACUAUAAUUUUU